UCAGAUGGAAAUCAUUCAGUUACCUCCAUGUUUCUAAAAAUUUCAAACACGUCGCGGAAAGACUAAAUUACUUAUUCUAAACUAAGAAUAUCGGUAAUUUCUGACAUUAAGAACGCGUGAGCGAAAUUUCAGCUACCUUCAUCAGUCUCUUUUAGGCAUCCCAACAUGGCCAAAGUGUCCCACAAUGUGCAGCAGCGGCGUAUUGCCCGGAUUUUCUGGAGCUCCCCGUUUGGCGGUCUGGAAGAAGAAAGGGAGCUGCUGACCAAGAAAUACUGGCCACAGCUUGCUCACAUGUGUCAGAAGGCUGGCUAUGAGUAUGCUCCAGUUGACAUGAGAUGGGGCAUCACAUCGGAUCACUCAAAGCAAGCACUGACCAUAGAGAUUUGCCUUCGAGAGUUGGACCGUUCCGACAUGAUUGUUGGCUUUUUUGGCCAGAGGUACGGUUGGCACGGAAGCAAAGAUGAGAUGUUGCAGAAGACGUUUGACUAUGCUGUUUCUCGAUUUCCUUUCAUUGACAACUUCCGAGAUCGCUCGGUCACAGAGCUGGAGUUCCUUCACGGACACCUCAACAAACCUGGCGCCCGGGCAGCAAGUUUUUUCUUCCGAGAUAAGGCGUAUGAUGAUCAGAAACUGAAGGAAUAUGAGGCAGCUGGAGACGAGGGAAGUGCUCGCAAGUUUCGCCCAACCACCGACGGCCCUAAUGCUGCCCAGCAUUUGGAUGACCUGAAGCGUAGGGUCAUGGCCACAGAAGACAAAUGCCUUACCAUUCAUCCUAAUUAUGCCACACCAAGCGAGGGCGCCCGAAUGAUGUUCGAAACGGUCCACAGCUUCUUGGAGACGUUCCUGAAACCUCAGAAAGCCCUCUCCAGACUGGAGGCAGAGCGGCUGGAGCACCAUGCCUUUCUCCUUCAGAAGCUGGGAAUGGGGGGCAUGUACAUCGGAGGGGAGAAGUACCUGGAGACAGUGGACAACCACGUCUUGAAAGGCAGAAGUGGCUACAUAGACAAACAUUUACUGAUCAUUGGCGACCCAGGGAGUGGAAAGACCUGCUUGCUGGGUAACUGGCUCAUCAGACACCAGGAACGUUUCCCAGAGGAUGUCGUCGCAUAUCACGUGGUUGGAUGCUCCAGCAGCAGCACAAGCGUGAAAAACUUACUACAGAGGUUAUGCAAUGAUGUUGAAGACGCACUCUUUGAUUUCGAUGAUGUCCCCAUAUCAGGGAGGGUGUAUGCAGCUUUAAAAAAGGAAGAAAUCCGCGACCUUCGGCAAACAUUAAACGUCUUGGUUUCCAAGGCAACCAAGCGAAACAUGAGGGUGGUGUUCGUCGUUGAUGCACUUGACAUGAUAGAGAAAGCUGGAAAAACCAUGAAGACGCUUUACUGGCUGCCCAAGUUGCUGCCUGAUGCUGCUCACCUCAUCCUGUCCACUGUCUCUUCGGACACUGCCAACAUCCAGGAGCUGGUCGAGCAGAGAGGGUUCAACCAGCUGGAGAUGGUUCCGCUGAGUGAAGAUCUUCAGUCAGAGAUCACCAAGGCAAUGUUGAUUGUGAGAGGCAAGGAGCUGUCAUCCAAGCAGCAUGAGCGGGUCAUCAGCUGCAAGCUGACAGAGAACCCACUCUAUCUCAUGAUUCUGCUGAAGGAGCUGUGCAGUUUUGGCAGUUUCUUUGAGCUUGAUGACUAUAUUGACUCUCUCCUUGCUGCCAAGAGCGUCAAAGAUCUGUUUGUUAAGUUUUUGAAACGGCUGGAGAAGGAUUAUAAUGCUGCGGAGAAGCAAGACCUUGUGAAGGAGGUGAUGUGUUGCCUUCUUGUUGCCAGGCGUGGCUUGUCGGAAGGAGAGAUCAAGAGAAUUUUGGGAGUGUCUGAUCAAGUGUGGUCGACACUGUAUUUUGCUAUGAACGAAUUUGUGAUUGAGAGAUCGGGUUUGUACGUGUUAGCUUACAGUGAAUUAGCUGAGGCAGUGAGACAGCAUUUCUGCACUGAUUGCGAGCAAGAAAAACGGUUUAGUAGGCUUGUGGCUGACCAUUUCUUGGAUGCAUUUAAGGCCUUGAGCCCACGAUACCACAUCCAGAUACCUGACAGAAUCUUGAACGAGUUGCCAUGGUUACUGUACAAACUUGGCGCCAACGAUCAGCUCCAGCAGUGCCUGCUGAAUCUGGCCAUGUUCAGAGCUCUCUUCAGAGACCAGCACAAGUAUGACUUGGUAGAUUACUGGAACAGCACAGGUGCAUCGGGGCUCGAGAUCCAGCAGAUGUACAUGAAAGCCCUUGAUGAACAGGUAGCACUGCUGUAUACAGAUAGUACCAAGGAAACCGGUAACCCACCUGAGCCUUCCCCUGGCAAACAGCUGGUCUCUUUGGUGGGCAACAUCAGUGAUUUCCUGGAGGAGUCAGGGUAUCGGACCAUCCUAGAGCCACUGCUGCAACGGGCCAUUAGGAUGCUUCCUUUACAAGAUGAUAUACUGAGCGCCAGCCCUGACGAUAUCUCAAAGUAUUUGUUUUGCCAUAACCAUCUGGCUCGCUUCUACGCUGACGUUGAUAGAUUUGAGGAUGCCCUGGCUAUUCAUGAAAGACUGCUUGCUCUCAAAGAAAAACCGGAGAGUGGUGUCAGCUCCUCAGAGAAAGCAGUUACUGUAAACAACAUGGGCUUUGUACACCUCAAACUUGGUAACAAUGACAAAGCAUUGGACUUCUUCCAGCAAGCUUUGACCUUGCACAAGGAAUGCCUUAAUGGUGAUGACAUUCACGAGGUCAUAGCCACUGCUACCAACAACGUUGGCUCUGUUUUAGCAGUAAUGGGCCAUUAUGAUGAAGCUGCAGAAGUUCUCCAAAGAUCACUUGAAAUCUAUGAGGAACUCUACUUUGAUAGUCUCCCUCCGGAUGUCGGUGGAACCCUGCUUAACUUGGCCAAGUGUCACGUCCGAAAUCCAAACAAAACACCUGAGGAAGUGCAGGCGACAUAUCAGAGAGCCAUAGAGAUUCGAGCCAAUGCCUAUGGUCGCAACCAUCCGGAGGUAGCUCAGGUGUUGACAACGUACGGCUCAUACAUGCUGCGUCUUAAGCAGGUCGAUGAAGCACUAGAUAUGUACUUAGAAGCCCUGGACAUUUACACAGCUGCAUAUGGGCCAGAGGGAUCAGAAACUACCAUGGUGCAGGAGAAUGUGGCUCUAGCAUACAUCGUUAAAGAUCAGUAUGAAAAGGCUAUUCCUUACUUCAACGCGGCGGGUGAGACACUAUACAAACUGGGCCUGAUGGAUCGUUCCCUGGAAUCCCUAAACACAUCCAUGCUGCAGUACUAUGUGAAGCAAGGCCGGUUAGCAGAUGCCCAUCAUGUCCUGGAGCGGGUCAUCACGGCCCAGUUUGUCACCGAGGACAUGUUCGUCACGCUGGACCAGCUGGACGAACGUCUUCUCGGAGACCAGAGACCAAACAGACCCUUCCAGCACACCCUGGACUACGCUCUUCAAAAAUUUCCCAGCAGCAUGCGUGUCUUGGGUAGAAAGCUUGUACUCUUGGCAAGAGAGGGUGGGGCAGAGGCCCUGCUGGACAUCAUCAGGAAGAACCCAGAUGGGAAAGAUCCGCAGCUGUACAUGUACGCCUACAAGACAUUCGUGGAGAAUGGCCACCGAGACGAAGGUCAGAAGAUACUACUGGCUGCUGCUGAGCUGUUCCCCGAUGAUGUGAUCAUACUCGAAAAUCUGGCCAAGUGUCAUGGGUUUUACAAGCGUUACCCUGAAGCCGUGGCGGUCAUGCAGCAGCUUUUAGCUAUCCAACCUGGAGACAUGGAUCUGAUGAUCCUGGGAGCCAACUUGCUCGCCAUGAACAGCCAGCUGCAGGAAUCUAGGGAGAAGUUGCUAGCAGCACGACAAGUUGCUGCCGAGAACGAGGACCAAGGAAAUGUGGAUAGGGUAACAUCCAUUUUGAAGAAUAUUGAUGAAAUUAUUGCUUCGCAAUGUAACACAUAGUUUCUCUGUUUAGUGCCCCAGUUGUCAAAUGCUGAGAAAGGUACGAGUCAGGUGAGUGUAAUUAGAUACAUCAGUCUAGAUUUAGAGAUGUUGUGCGUUAGAACUUCAGUCAAAACUGUUGAUUUUAUGGCAGUAUUUCAACACUGGAGAAAUGAAGAAGUGCACCUUUUUUUAGAUGAAUUGAGCUUGCAGUAAAUUUACAUCACAGUGUAAAGUUUAUUAGACAUGGCUGUGUUGUAUUGAUUUUGAUUAAAUAUUUUGUAGAAAUUACUCAGGUUCUUUUUAAUAUUUAAUUCUCUUGCAUCUCAAAUUCUGCUGCAUUAUGUUGAUUUGAAAUUCCGACAAAAUCUGUUGAAAGAUACAAAUCACAUUGCAACAUUGAUUCAGUUCAUUCAAUUUGGAUUGAUAAACAUUCCAGUUGUUGCUGGUAUUUAGCGUGAUACUGACUUGGUUAAAACCAGCCAGUAGCAUAUUCCGACCAGGUAUCAGUGAUGAAGAAUUUUGCUGCUUCUUGCUUUUCUCAGUAUAAAUUCUUGUCUUUUUCCCCACAUGUGGGUUCAGUUUGAACUCCAGUUACUGUAUUGUUAGUAUGCAGCAUAGAGUGUACAUUGCCUUGUCAAGAGAAAUUACAUGUCAAACACAAAUUCAGACAUUGUCAAAUGUUUGCUGCAGGAGCAAGGGUCAAAUUUGCCGUUGAACUGUGAAUGCCCAAGCACUGGAUCACGUGGGCACACUCUAUUUUCAGCAUGUUCAAAAUAAAAUGACAAUGAAGAACAAGAAAUCCCCAGAGAAUGCACAGCUGAAUGCAGGAUUUUUGCUUUUAGCCAAGCUCCGUUCCUAUGGAGUUUUGAGGUUUAACGACCAUUUUCUCGAGCCCAACCCUGGCUUUGUUAAAGGCUCUUGCAGCUCAGUGGAGAUUAUGAGUACACACUGACACAAUAACCGAGACCCCUCCAACCAUUAAUCAUUGUCAAAUCUCAUUUAUUAAACGCCGUUCCGUGUGGGUGUUGAUUUUACAAAGGGUAAUACCCAAGGAAACAAGAACAGCCCUAAAGGGUGACCCAAAUUUGCCCCUGUCAGAGCGUUUCAAAGGACCCUUUUUCCCUGGCCUAAAUCUCAGCUCAGGCCUGCCACGGUUUUUGAUGGAGUGGAUGUGCAUCACACAAUGGAAUCGAAAGUGUCUGGCGGGUAGCUUAGCAACCGUGUGUAAUGAGAAGUUCACCAGUAAUGGUGGUUCGUCGAUUGCUAUCUGUAAUAUCAAACAUGGCUCUCGCGGUGCAGAAGAGAGGGGCGAGAUCUAGUGGUGGGGGACCCAAUGUCUUUCUUUAUGUGCUUGUGUGUGGCUGGGUAAUUACUAUGUUUUGGGGACACAGUCGAGUCUUAGUUGUGGGGUAAAAAUAUUUCCAAUAAUACUUUUUGUCCUCACAACACCCACAUUUAAACAUGGGAGUAGUCCCCACAAUACAGAACAAGCAUGUACAGUAUGUGUCUUUAAAGGAACCAUGUAAUAGGAUUUUUAGGACUUUAAUACAUAAAGAACAACUUUAUUUAUAUUUACUAUGACUUUCUACCUCUUUUGUAGCAGUAAUGGGGGAAAUUUUUAACAUUUAGGUUGAGAUUUCCAUAUUCAUGAGCCAAUGCGUGAUGAAGGUAGAACCAUGGACAGAAGUGUCUCGCAAGCUUUGUCUAAUGAUAAUGUGAAUCACACUUUUCUACAUUUUCUUGGAGUAGAUUCCACUUCAUGCUUGGUUUCAUAUUAAACAGCGUGUUUGAACAAUAGUAGUGUCCACUAAUUCUUCAAAGUACUGUUGGUAGGUGAUUUUAAAGGAUUGUUUUUUGUACUGUUCGUAUGGGGUUUUUUUGACAAGGAGUGCUUUGUAUGGCAACACCAAAAUAGCACCCUCUUAAAUAAGUUAACAAGUAUUUUCUAUGAAUUCAAAAACUGCCAUCUUCUUUCUCUUCCAAUGAAAACGAGUAUCUAUAUCUUGUUUGUAUUGUAAUACAGAGUAAUAAGCAUGAAAACAAGUCGAGAUGAAUAUCUACAUAUUUUUUCUCUUUAAAUAUAUAACUUAAAAUAGGCUAACAUGGUUUCGUCAACUUGUAUUAGGUUAUUUUGUAUACAUUGCAUUUGUAUCGUUGAGAAACACAAAAAGCAAGAAGAGAAGGCACAUGAAAUAAUUUCAUUGGUUCAAGCAUGUUUGCUAUGUGUAAGCAUGUAGAUUAUGAUGUGCAAUAUGUGUCAUAUUUCUGAAUAUUGUUUUGACAUAUUGUGAAUGUCAAGCAUCACAGUUUUACCUUUGACUGUAUUGUAUACAUGAAUAUAUUUGACCGUUUCAAUUUACCUGUAGGAGUUUGAAAGAAAUCGUUUAAUACAUCUGAAAAUGUGUCAUCUGAAAUGAUCAGAAAUAUCAAGUAUUUUGAUAUGUAUUAAGUGCCUAUUAUAACUUAAUACUACUACUGAUAAUAAUUUAUUCAUUUAUAAAGCGCAAAUUUCAUAUAGAUAUGUUCAAAUGCGCAGUACAAUGAAGACAUUAAG